AUGUUUCUCCUCUCUGCACCGAUCAGAAACCUCUUCUUAAUGCCGGUAUUCGUUUUCGCCGCCGCCGAAAAUGCAGUUACCGACUCCGACGCCGGAGGCCCCAAUCCUCCUCUUUCAAUUGCAGCCAAAUCUCGCCUCGUUCUUUAUUCUGCACUUUGGCCCACUAUGGUACUCGAGAACAUCAAGGAUCUGGAUUCUACCCAGCCCUAA